UGUGCAAACUGGAGUUGGUCAAGCAUUGCAGGUAGUCUGGAUGUUUUGAGGUCCUAGCCUCAUCAUGAAGGGAGUGAGUGUAUAGGGUUGUAGUCAUUGAGGGUUGAUGUGUAAGGCCCUCUUCACAUAAGCUGGGUCAAGACAGAGAACUUCAUUGUCCAGACUGAGUUUGUUUCACAUGCUUCGUUUUUGCUCUUUACUGAAAUGAAGAUUGAAUGCUGCAUGAACCAAAAAGGCAUAAUUUUCCCUACCAACACCUUUAGAUUUUUCUUAUUCCUACAUCACCUGUAUUUUCUAAACAGGCUAAAUCAGUGUCACCUCUCUAAAGCAAGCUGUGAAAUGAUGGCAUCAGUGCUGCAGAGGACACCUUCCCAUGUUAGAGAGCUGGACAUGAGUGACAAUGACCUGCAGGAUGAAGGAGUGGAGCUGCUCUGUGUGGGGCUAAGAGAAUCGCAAUGCAAGUUGGAGACACUGAGACUGUCUGGUUGUCAGAUCACCCAGAAGGGCUGUUCUUUCUUGUCCUCUGCCCUCAAAUCAAACCCCUCCUACCUGAAACAGCUGGAUCUGAGCUACAAUCACCCAGGAGACUCAGGUGUCAGAGAGCUCACAGAGAGAUUGAAUGAUCCCAACUGUAAACUAGAGACUUUCAGGUACGACUAUGGAGGAGAGUUCAGGAUUAAACCAGGACCAAGAAAAUAUGCCUGUGAGCUCACACUGGACCCAAACACAGCACACUUACGUCUCUCUCUCUCUGAGGGGAACAGAAAGGUGACACGUGUGAGUGAGCAGCAGUCGUAUCCUGACCACCCAGAGAGAUUUGACUCCUACCCUCAGGUGCUGUGUAGAGAGGGUCUGACUGGACGCUGCUACUGGGAGGCUGAGUGGAGUGGUGGUGAGGCUUAUAUAGCAGUGGCCUAUAAGAGCACCCCGAGGACGGGGAGUGGGCUGAGCAGCGUGUUUGGACGUAAUGCCAAGUCCUGGAGACUGUACUGCUCUGGUAACAGUUACUCUGCCUAUCACAAUAAUAAGAAGACUGUCAUACCUGCCCCCUCCUCCCGCUCCAGCAGAGUAGGAGUGCACCUGGACUGGCCAGCAGGCACUCUGUCCUUCUACAGCGUCUCCUCUAACACACUCACCCACCUGUACACGUUCCACUCCUCAUUCACUGAGCCCCUCUAUCCUGGGUUUUAUGUUUACUCCUCAAUGUCCCUGUGCCAGAUCACAUGACCUCCUAAUCCUGCAGCAGAGGAGCGCCACACACACCUGUUUACACACUCCUAUAUAUGUGUGUGUGUGUGUGUGUGUGUGUGUGUGUGUGUGUGUGUGUGUGUGUGUGUGUGUGUGUGUGUUUGUGCGUGUGUUUGUGUGUGUGUGUGUGUCCUCACACUCUCUCUCACACACACACACACACACACAUACACACGUACUGUAUGUGUUUUUUUGUGUGUGUAUCCUCCUUUGUUUUUCUUCUGUGUUUUAGGAUCUUCUCUCUGACUGUGUUUUCUCUUCAGUUUCUCUUUCUCUCUGUGUGUGUGUGUGUGUGUGUGUGUGUGUGUGUGUGUGUGUGUGUGUUGUCCUUGUUCUCCUCCUGUGUGUAUUUGUGUGUGUUCCUCCUUUUGCCUUCUCUGCACCUGUCACCUCCUCAGUGUCCCUGUGCCAGAUCACAUGACCUAAUCCUGCAGCAGAGGAGUGCCACACACACCUGUUCACACACUCCUGUGUGUGUGUGUGUGUUUGUUUGUUUGUUUGUUUGUGUGUGUGUCCUCUCUUGUUCCUCUUCUGUGUUGCGUCUUCCUUCUAACUGUGUUUUUACUCCCUCCAUUUCUCUUUCUCUCUCUGUCUCUCACUGUGUAUGUGUGUGUGUGUGUCCUCUCUGUACCUGUCACUGUUCUCACUGUUCUCACACACUCACUCACACACUUACACAUUGACACACACACACACACACACACACACACACACACACACACACACACACACACACACACACACACACACACGAAUGCACACACACACACACACACACACAUAAUCACUCACACUCACUCACUCAUACUCACGCAUGCUCACACUCACACAUUCACACACACUCACUUACACACACACACACACACACACACACACGCACACAGACACUCACAGACACUCACACUCACUCACACACACACACACACACACACACACACACACACACACACUCACACAGGCACUCACACACAGACAUUCACACACACACAGACACACAUACACUCACAUUCACAAACACACACACUCACACACACACUCUCACACACAGACACACACACUCAUAUACACUCACACUCACACACUUACACACUCACUUUCUCUCACACUCCCUUUCACUCUCACACACACACAUUCUCUUUCUCAUUCUCUCUCUCUCUCUCUCUCUCUCUCUCUCUCUCUCUCUGUGUUUCUGCUUCCUCCAUUCCUUCCUCUGUGGAGCAUCAUCCCUCCUUCUGUUUUCCUGGUUAUUUCUCCUGUUUCAUCCCUCCAUGUUCUUGCUCACACACACAUUUCUCUCCCCCUCUCUCUGUCGCUCCAUUUCAAUCCUGUAUUCUAUAUGGUGAGCACGUCGUAUACAACUAGAGCAAGCAAACCAGAUACCAAAUGAAUGUUGUGUGUUGACGGUCAUAGAAUGACAUUUGAACUUGAACUUGGAGUGUUCUAUGGAGGGGAGUCCUUUUAUUUUUUAAUAAUAAAUUGUAUUUUGAUUAUAAAUGAAAUAUGUUAUUGGUUAAUCUUGAUAUGUGUAUAUCCACAAAGGUAACCAUGAUUUAAUUAAAGUACAUACAAAUAAAUAAAUAAUAAUUAAAAAAA